AUGGUCGUUGUACCUGAAUGUUCUCCCGAUCUGAAGCCUGUUGUAGGUCAGAAAUUCCAAUCCUUGGAAUUCGCUUUCGCUUGCUACGAGGUAUAUGCCCGCGCUGUUGGCUUUGAUACGCGCAAACAAGCUAUGAGGAAGGUUGAUGAUGUCACGACGUGGUAUCGUGUUGUAUGCAAUAGGGAAGGAAGGAAGAAUGGUGAUGAAGAUGACCAGUUGAAUGCCCGUUCUGGUUUCACUAUCAAGCGUAGGAAGUUAUCUAAGCGGUGUGGUUGUACGACUAGUAUAUCGUUUAGGUAUUUCUCGGAAGAUUGCUUGUCAGGUUACAUAAUUGAGGAGUUCAACGAGAUUCAUAACCAUCACAUGGUUGAAACGGAACAUCAGCAAUUCAUGUCAAGUAAUCGCAAGUUGGAUGAUGUACAUCAUAAAUUCAUCCUCGACUGUUCCAAAGCUAAUAUAGGACCCACGCUCACAUUUAAGGUAUUGAAGGAAAUUCUUGGUGGGUUUGACCUAGUUGGUUGCAUUGUUGGGGAUAUCAGGAAUGCCUCACGGGACAUCAAAGCAUACGCAAAAGGAUUUGAUGUACAAAUGGUGUUGGAUGAUAUGGCUAAGAAGAAGAAGAUGUCCGAGGCGUUCACCUAUCACUACGAAGUUAACGAAUCCGACCAGUUGGUUGCUCUGUUUUGGUGCGACGGUUUGAUGAAGCAGAAUUACCACAUGUUUGGUGAUAUUGUGUCCUUCGACUCCACGUACAACACAAACAGGUACUGUAUGAUCUUCACCCCUUUCACUGGAAAGGAUAAUCAUGGUAGUCCUGUCACAUUUGCGGCCGGAUUGGUGUGCAGCGAGAAAACGGGGGCUUUUGCUUGGAAGUACUGGAUACCGGCGUAUUUCAGAGAUUUUCCUAUGGGAUCGAUGAUUAGGACUACGUCCAUAUCUGAAUCAGAGAACAGUUUUUACAAAAAUUUUCUGAAGCCCCGAGCUAACAUAGCCGAAUUCUACUUGAAUUUCAACCACGCCAUAGAAUUCCAGCGGAACAGUAGAACAGCUUUGGACUACCACGAUGCCACUGCCAUACCCAUACUAGCAACUACUAUGCCGUUCGAGAAACAUGCUUCCACGUUGUUUACAGACAGUAUGUUCAAGAAAAUACAACAAGAAAUUGUGGAGGAUAAUGACAGAUGUCGUGUGCUGGGUUUUAUGUCUGGAGAAACGGUUGACACAUACAAGCUUGGCGAUAGCAAACGUAAUGCAUACUUUGUUCGUCAUGACAAGACUGAUGAUACUUACUCGUGCGAAUGCAAACUAUUUGGUCGGCAUGGUUAUUUGUGCAGCCAUAUAUUUUUCUUAUUUCAGAACAAUGAGGUGAAAAAAAUCCCGGAUAAAUACUGUGACAGCCGAUGGAUGAAGACUCCCUUAGCCAAGGCUGUACAUGGGGAGUUGCAGGAUCCCGUGCAUACCCAUUCCUCCUCUGACGAUAGGCAAACUGUGUCUAAGCAGGCGAUUUCGAUGUUUUAUGGUUUUCUUAGACAGUUUGAGACCGACAUCGAUGUAUUACGUGCAUUUGUAGGUGGCGUUGGAGAACUUGGUAACUCUCUUCAAACUGGUACUCCGGCAACCUCAGCUGCUGAGAAGAGGCGUAUGGUUGAAGAGUUUUAUGGAAUGGUAAGGCCUGAAUCUGUUGCGGUUCAUCCUCCGGAUGUCGUGAAGACGAAGGGCCACGCCAGCAGCUCUGCGAGUCGUCUGAUUUCGAAGAGAGAGAAGGCUAUAAAGGACGCGACAAGGCCUCUUAGACGGUGUAAGGCGUGCGAUGAGAUGGGUCAUCACGACUCCAGGAACUGUCCACUGCUUAAAGAGAUGACCAUGGAGAAAGAUGCGAGCAAGGGUAAAAGAACAGCUUGA